CCCUCCCGCCCAUUCUCCAUUGCUCUAGCCAGCUUGAAGGUGAAAUUCUUGUCCGCCGACUCGAACGACAGAAUCUGCUUUUCUCUGCGAACAGUAGCUCUGGUGUCUUCUUCUGUAAAAUAAAGCACAGGGCAUCUUCUAAACCCAGCAUGUCGUCGAUAUUCAGCGAGGUUCCUCAAGCCGCUCCAGUCGCCGUUUUCAAGCUGACGGCGGAUUUCCGUGAAGACCCGAGUCCUCACAAGGUGAACCUCGGAGUUGGAGCAUACAGAACAGACGAGUGCAAGCCAUGGGUGCUGCCUGUUGUGAGGAAGGUGGAGAAGCUGAUUGCUGAGGAUGACACUUUAAACCAUGAGUACCUGCCAAUCUUAGGCCUACCCGAGUUUCGUUCUAGCUCAUCGAAGAUUGCUUUGGGUGAGGACAGUCCCGCCAUUCUGGAGAAGAGGGUAGGAGCUGUUCAGUGUCUUGGAGGAACCGGUGCCUUGAAGAUUGGUGCAGAGUUUCUGCGCAGAUUCCACAAUGGAAGCAAUAACACAAAAACACCUGUUUAUGUCUCUUCACCCACAUGGGAGAACCACAAUGCUGUUUUUGCUAAUGCUGGCUUUGAGGAUAUUCGCUCAUACAAAUAUUGGGAUGCAGAGAAGUGUGGACUGAACCUGCUUGGUUUCCUGGGUGAUUUGGAGAGUGCACCUGAAUACUCUAUUUUCGUGCUGCAUGCCUGCGCCCAUAACCCCACAGGCACAGAUCCCAGCCAAGAGGAGUGGAAGAAGAUUGCUGAAGUCAUGAAGAGGAGGAAUCUCUUUGCCUUCUUCGACUCAGCAUAUCAAGGCUUUGCCUCUGGAAAUUUGGAGAAGGACGCUUGGGCAAUUCGUUAUUUUGUGUCACAGGGUUUUGAAAUAUUCUGUGCCCAGUCUUUCUCAAAGAACUUUGGCCUGUACAAUGAGAGGGUGGGCAACCUGACAGUUGUUGCUAAAGAUGCAGACAACCUGAGCCGUGUUCUCUCACAAAUGGAGAAGAUUGUCCGCAUCACCUGGUCCAAUCCUCCAUCACAGGGAGCUCGUGUGGUUGGCAUAACGCUCAACACUCCAGACCUUUUUGCUGAGUGGAAGGAUAAUGUUAAGACGAUGGCUGACAGGGUUUUGUUGAUGCGUGCUGAAUUGAAAGCCAAACUGCAGGCUCUCGGCACCCCAGGAACCUGGGAGCACAUCACUGAGCAAAUCGGCAUGUUCAGCUUCACAGGCCUUAACCCCAAACAAGUGGAGUACAUGGUGAAGGAGAAGCACAUCUAUUUGAUGGCCAGUGGCCGCAUCAACAUGUGUGGCCUGACCACUAAGAAUAUUGACUAUGUUGCCGAGUCCAUUCAUGAAGCUGUCACCAAAGUCCAGUAAUCAUGUUUCUCAUGCCGCCUUUCCGUUUGUGUGUAACAAAAAGAACCCUCAGCCUUUUUUUUCUCCUAAUGCAUCUGUCUGUAGCAAUCCAGCAUCAUUUGCUGGCUCUGUGAUCAAAUAUAUACUGUAAAAUAAUUUAGCAUUCAAGGUCAAGUAGUUGCUCAGAAGUUUUUUGUGGUGUUCGUCUCACUUGUAAUCAUCCUGGUUUAGAACAUAAAUCUGAAUUGUAUUAGUCUGUUCCCCUUGUAGUGGUGCACCAUGGAGUUUCAUGGUGUUACCUAAAGAAGCACUUUCUUAUAUAAUUAUGGAGGGAUGAAUCAAUGCAACGAAGUUGUGACUGAAUUGAUGUUAAUAGUUUCAGCUUGAUUGGUUUUUAAGGUCUUACAUGCUUUGGGAGAAUUUAAAAAAUAUGGGGCACAUGCACUUACUAUGUUCCGUUGGUGAGUCAAGGUUGAGGAGAUGAUUCUGUAAAGAUGAACAAUGACGUGAAACUUAGCGAGUCCAAAAAUCUUCAAGUGUGGGGCUACAUGGUCAUAAUGGAGUGUUUUAAAUAAACACACACCUGAGAUUAUAUGACUUAAAUGUCCAAUUUCUAGCAGAUAGUCACAAAGGAAAAGUGUCAUAAAAUUUACCCCUAACUUUACAACUUGAAACAAGUACUUGAAACUUCUCCUGUUGAAAACUUGCAUCAGAGUACUGUACAGUUUAAUACAGCAUCCUGUCCAUCUGUUGUGGCUACAUCUUAACAUUUCAAUUUCAGAUACCAGUGUGAACCACAGUAACUAUCAACAUAAUAGAAAUUAAGAACAAUGUAUAUUUAGUGUUGACGGUUCUUGGAAACAGUUUGCACUUUGAUUCUUUCACAGUUGUUGCUUUUGCUCCUCCAUGAAUGUUGUGCAUGUGUGUUUACUGUCAGUGCAGUGUCAUUGAACUUAGUUAUAAAUAUAUUAACGUAUUAAGUAUAUUAAGAUUUGGCUUUUGUUGCUUAAAUGCCUAAAUGUUAAAUACACCGUUCUCUCAGAAUGUUAAACACACACGCACAAAAUAUAAUAAAUAGGAAAAACUGAACAAGCCUCUUAAAAUAAAAAGUAUGGAAAUACAGAA